CACUGACUGGCACUGAUAGGCGGCACUGAUUGGCAGCACUGAUAGGUGGCACUGACUGGCAUUGAUAGGUGACACUAAAAGGCAGCUCAGAUGGGCACUGAUAUGUGGCAUUGAUGUGCACUGGUAGGCACUGAUAUGUGGCAUUGAUGAGGCACUGAUUGGCACUGGCAGGUGGCAUUGAUGGACACUGACAGGUGGCACUGCUGGGGCUACACUGAUCAUCAGGGCACACUGAUCAUCAGUGCCCUGAUGAUCAGUGACACAGCUGAUCACAUGACCAAGGCGACAUCUUCGGCUCUUUCCAUUGAUCGGUGAUCCACUGUGUCCGAGGGACA